UGACUCAGAUUCCUCCCUACUGUGUCCGGAGCACAAAAGAAUUGAAACAGCAAAGCCUUUUAGUUCCUGCUCGUUAUCAUACAGAGAGAACAUAGUUCGGUGGCACCCUGUGCUCUGGGCACACCCUUACCUUGAGGAUCCCCUGCUGUGCCUGUGCAUGUAACAUACUGCAGCAACACUGAUACACACUUGUGGCUCUGCGUGGGGACGCCCUGGGUGUUUCUACAGGUAGAGAACACUGGCCUAACACCCCGAGUAAGCAUGUCUGGAGAACAUAACUGGAAUGCAGCAACUGUCAAGAAUUUAACUGCAAGAGAAGGAAAUGGAACCUGUGCAGACUGCAGAGCUCCAGGGUGGAAUUCUGCCUGACUAAACAUGCCUUGAAGAAAGAUUGGAACAUUAAGGCUAGACAGAUGUAUGAACAGAAAAUGGUACAUUUACCAAUGGGCUGUCUGUUUGCCUCUGCUAGAUCCUCAGUGGGCUUCCCACACACUGGGCAUCUUCCUUUGCGUGGAUUGCUCAGGCAUCCACCGCAAUCUGCCAGAAAUCAGUAAAGUGAAGUCUUUGAUUAUGGACAACUGGGAUGACACCCAAGUUCAGUUCCUAGCCAGCCACGGGAAUAUUGCAGCCAAAGCAAUAUAUGAGGCUCAUGUGCCUGUGUAUUACUACAGACCAAAGCAUACGGAUUGCCAUGUUUUAAGAGAGCAGUGGAUUCGAUCAAAGUAUGAGCGCAAAGAAUUCAUUAAACCCAAAGGAAACAUUUCUAAUGGCUCAAAAGAGGGGAACCUUCUCAAGCGAGGGCGGGAUAAUGGACAGUACCUGCCGAGAAAAUUUUUCCUGUCCGAGAUAGAUGGCACCCUAAAAUACUUCACAAAGCCUGACGCCAAGGAACCAAAGACAGUGAUCAGAAUUGACACUGUUAAUGCCAGCUUCCAGCCCGUGAAGAUGAAAAAUGCCAAUGGCUUACAGAUCACAUAUGUCAAGGACAACAAGACGAGAAAUAUAUUCGUGUAUCACAAUGACGGACAGGAGAUUGUAAGCUGGUUUAAUGCCAUCCGAUCAGCCCAGUUCAGCUACAUGCAAAUUGCCUUUCCAAAAGCAUCAGACAAAGAGAUCAUCAGUCGCCUGACCCGAAAUUUUUUGAAAGAAGGUUACAUGGAAAAGACUGGACCCAAGCAAACUGAUGGCUUUAAGAAAAGAUGGUUCACUCUUGACCAUCGAAGACUGAUGUAUUUCAAGGACCCUUUGGAUGCUUUUGCCAAAGGGGAGUUGUUUUUAGGAAGCAGUCAGAAUGGUUAUGAGGUGAAGCCUGUGAUAGUCCCCUCCACACAUGGUAACUGCACCUGGAAUUAUGGCAUCUCAAUCACUACCCCAGAACGCACCUACCUUUUUACCUGCGAGAGUGAAAGUGAGCGGGAGAACUGGCUCCUUGUGUUCAAGGAGGUGAUCAGCCAACCCAUGACUGUUAGGGAAUUCUCAGUUGAAGCACAGUUUAAGACAAGGUCCUAACACGAUGCCUCUUCUGUACGACAUGAUCAUAUUCACUCUUCUAAGACUUUAAAUUUGUGGUGCCCAUUUCAUACACAUCCUGUCACUUUAUUUCAUUGCUGGAGCACUGCAUGAGGCCUUUUAGGAGUAAGAAGAUUUCACAUAAAUAAACUUUACAGCAAUAACAACAAGAAAAAAUAUAAUGUAUGUGCAUUGUUUAAAUAUGGGCAAUCAAAAUCCUCAGUAUGUUAUAGUAUGUCUUAAAAUGCCCUUCAUGGUUGAGGACCCUCAAACACAGCAGGAUUCAUUAAUUGUUGGACUGGGGUGUGUGGGGCUCACCGCUCAGUUGCCCCCACCCCAGUUACAAGCUGCUCUGCACUGCAAACCCAGUCUCCACUCUUUCCCCUGCUGCGCACAUGCACCUGCGGCCCGUACCUUGUGUUCCCUUACAGCCACUGCCAGGAAUGCCCACAGUUCCUGGUAAGGAGCAGGCCUGGGGCAACAGGGCUCAUGUUUUUCCCAGUGUCCAUCUGGUCCAGUCUGACCCAGGGCUCAUUUACACAUGCUGGACAAUUUGGACCUGAGCAGUAACAUGGAAACCAAACAAAUUUUUGCUUUCACCAUUCUAUUUGCAACUUGCCAUAAAAAAAAAAAAGAUUACCAACCAGAUUGGUUCCGAUGGGUUACUGCCCAGGUCCAAAAUUGCCCACUGUGUAAAUGAGCCCCUGCAAUGUAAUAAUAGUUCCUAAAGGUGCAGUAAGCAUACCAGCCAAUUAGAUGUUUACUUUCAAAGUGCAGUUGUUGAUUUGUUGCUGUGAAGCAAACUUUACACCUGUUGUAACAUAUCCUCAGUAGAGUUGAACAGCUGAGGGUUUGAUACUGGUUUCAUGUGACAGGCUGCAAUGGUGGUCACAACCUGAACCAGUGGCAUAAUUAUAUGGGAAGCAGACCCUGCAACUGGAUCACCUGUGACACUUUAGCUGGGGGAACCCAUAGCCAUAGCCAUGUAAUUCCUGUGAUCUGAACACCAAAAUGCCUCCCAGCAGGCACUGACUCUCAAUCUGGGGAUUCUGGCAAAUGCCAGAGGGGCUGCUGCACGACACAAUAGAAAGUCACUAUUUAUUGGGCUGUUUUGGCCUACUUAAAAUUCCAGGGCCUAUUUUAAAUCCAGACCUGCCCAGUCCAGAGCUGCCCCCCAUUUACCCCCUAAACCAUUCUCCAUAGCAGCAGGGCAUUUAGAAGAGAGUAAAUCUCUUCUAAGCCGGUUUGACUACAUUAUUCCCUGUCUCUGUCUGUCCCUCUGCAAAUAUUAAUUUUGUUUUUGUAAGCUAAGCCUUAAUGAUUGGUUUCAAUAAAUGUGUUCCUAUUUG